AUGUUAGCAACAACAGCACCAAACUCGUUAGUCAUGAACCCAACUUCAAUGUUAGUAGAGAUGAAAAGCUUCAUUCCUUCUUCAUAUACUUUCGAAACAGAAAUCCAGAAGAUAAAGCAAGAACUUCUCCAAGGAGAUUUAGACUGUAGUGCGAAAGAUGAAACAAAUGAAGAAUAUCUUUAUGAAAUGCAGGAUAUUAUUGACCAUCUACCUAAACUUCCUGAAAUACAACAACAAAAGCUCACUAUUCCAGAAUUCGAUGAAAUAGAAGUCAAAGCAACUGACUCAGUAGAAACCAAGAAGUUCAUACGUAAGGUAAACUAUGAGUUUCUUGGAUUUCAUUGCAACCACAAAGUCAUGGACAAAGAUUGCGACAUGUUAUAUAAAAAUGUUUCUGACAUAUACAAAUCUGAAGAAUUUAAGACCUACGACAACUUUGUUUCGUUAGUUGCAAAAUGUGUAUGGCAGAUAAGAGAUAAAGAUAAAAGAGGUAAAGUAUGGAACGAACAGAUAAAACCAGCAACUUUUGAGUUAAAGAAAACCAUUGACGCCUUAGUUGUACUUGCAGGUUUUAUUUCAAUGUACAAUGCUAAAAUGAACCCACAAUGUUCAAAAUGUAAAGCAGCAAUGAGGAAAUAUAACUACUCCGUCAAAGAGAUAGAAC